CUUUCAUAAAUUGGUACAAAAUUUCCAGAAUCUGUAAGACAUAGUUAGCACUCAAAGGAUUAAUGUUCAUGCUUUUUAGGAUCUUCAGAUAUUCAAAAUCGAGUUAUUAUUGUUUUUUAAUGUUAAUUUUUGUGUUUAAAGUAAUAAUUGUCAAAGAAGGCAUACGUUCCUUUUCAUGAAAAGAAAAGCCUGUAUGCUAAUUUUAAUGGUGCCAUCUGUAUUUUUUAAUUUUGUGGAACUUCAUUCUUAGCUUUCAUCAGAUUACAAAAAGGUGCACACCGUACGACUCUACCUGGAGUGCUCGAUUCAGAUAUUCCAUACUCUUCGGGUACUUCGAGCUCCAGACGAUUGAAGGAGGUGGAUAGCGGCGGCGGUGGCUCGGCCGAAGUGAUGGUUUAUUCUCUCGGCUGGGGAAUGGGCGAGCCGGAGCGGCGUAGUGCAGACCGCAAGCGCACGCAGCCGCACACCCUUGUGCACUCGUCUUUAUCCCUUGACGACGGACAUGAGGUCGACGUUCUGCCACUCCACAAUCAGGUGGGAGGGCACACUAGACUCCUGGUACUGAACGACAGUACGGUGAUCAAGCCGCUGAACAUACGCGAAUUGCAUUUCUACCAGAACAUUCCUGAAGAUAUCCAAGGCUUCGUUCCCAGAUAUAAAGGCGUGAUGCAGGCCUCUAACACUGGAACCAACAAAUUGGACAAGCGGUACUCACCAUGUUUUCGGGAGGAGAACGGGCGCAAGCAGUCCCUGGGCGGCAAGCGCAAGCGCGACGACGUGUUCAAAUUCAAAGUUCACAGGAAUGGAAAUGCGAGCGAAGUGCUCAAAAGCAUUGCGCACAUGGACAACUCGAACAAACAAUAUUUCUUGAUGAUGGAGAACAUAACUUCUUCGUAUCGCAAGCCGUGCGUUCUGGACCUAAAGAUGGGCACGCGCCAGCACGGAGACGACGCAUCGGCAGAGAAGCGCAGCAAGCAGAUGGCGAAGUGCGCCGCCAGCACGUCCGGCACGCUCGGGGUGCGGCUGUGCGGCAUGCAGGUGUUCGAGGCGGGCACCGGCGCGUGCGUGCGCCGCGACAAGUACUGGGGCCGCGCGCUCACCGAGGCCGGCCUGCGGGACGCGCUCAGGGACUUCUUCGCGGCCGGCGCGGGGCUGCGGGCGCGCGUCGUGCGCCGCGUGCUGCGGGACCUGGACGCGCUGCGCCGCGCCAUCGCCAAGCAGACCAGCUACCGAUUUUAUUCUUGCUCUCUUUUGAUCGUUUACGAAGGCGACGUGGACGUUCCGACGGUGUCUGGCGGAGAGUACGAUGCGGACGCAUCGAGCAGUUCCACAGAGCACGCGCCCUCGCCCGGACACUUCGAUAUGUCAACAUUACACGACGAGAUAUCUUCAGACUCGCGUGAACCAUUCCGGCCGCACUCUGAGGAGACGAUGAGCGGAUACGAAGAGGGCUCAGCGGGGUCACACUCGCCCCGGCCGCACCCGCCGAGCCCGGACUCUGCAGACAGCUGGAUGGCGUAUUCGUCAGCGAGCAGCGAGUCGUGGCGCGGCGAGGCGGAGGGCGAGGCGUCGGCGGAGGCUAGCGGCAAGCGACCGCGCUGCGAGCGCUGGGCCCCGGAGCCCGAGGAGCGUGUCGACAUCCGCAUGAUCGACUUCGCGCACACGGCGUACGCGGGCGCGGCGGCCGAGUCCCCGCUGGCGACCGCCACGCCGCACCACGGGCCCGACUGCGGCUUCCUGACCGGCAUCGACAGCUUGAAGCGCCUGCUGACAGAGAUCCUGUCUCCGCCGCCGUACAGUUAAUGAGUGGGACGCGCGCCGCGACCUGCCCUCGUCUGUUCCCGGAUUCGGGUCCCCACGCUCUUUCCGCCUUCGGCCGGAGAAGUAUUUCGACUGAAGAUAUUUUACGUAGGCAAUUUAUCCUGGUGAUCGUUGUGUGAUCAUGCUGAGGAUUGUCCCGGCCCGUGAGCCUCGCUCGCCGGCGGGUGUCGUCGGAGGUGCGUUACCGAUCACGUUUGAAUUCGUUUCGCUUGACGCAAUCACGCAGCGAUCGCGUCGCACCUAGUGAAUGUUGGCAACUACAUACUUCGACGACAUUAAAAAUUGAAAUUGGGACCCAGUAGAUAAUUUAAAAAUGUAUUUUUAAGUACUACUGUUAAUUUAUUCCACUGACAUGCUUUUGACUUAUCCUAUAAAUGUGUUCGAUUUCACCAAAAUUGGUUGCUUUCUCUAUUAAUGUUACUGAGCAGACUGGUCACUGCUCAAUGAUACAUGAUAUUUUAAACAUAAUUUAAUUUAACGCAAACUCUCACCGAAUCAUAAUUAAAUAAAAUAGUCAUCCCAGUUAAUUGAAACCAAAGUACUAUAAUUAUACGAACACUUUUAGACAAAUUGAUAUCUUAUAAGGAAUUUAAAGUGCUACCUAAAGAUGAACUAUUUGGUGGACAGCAAAAUUUAAGUUUUAACUAUGUUAAAUAAAUAAAUGACAUAACAGUAUUAUAUAACAUAAUGUAAGAUAUUGCGAGAGUGCGUAUGCCAUUAGUUUGGUUGUUUGAGUUGUGGAAAGCUGGAUUGUGUAGGUUUUCAAUGAACCUUUCUGUUUUGUUGUGUUGUAAAUAUGUAUAAAUAGACGAAACUGUGUCUCUGUACGAGUUGAAAAUUUACAAUGUGGGUCAGUGUAAACGGCUAGUUACGGCACACGGUAUAAUAAAUGUGUUACUAGCGUAAGCCAACAUUCCUUCGUGCUGCAUUCGUCGAUGUUUGUGUCCUUUACUUUUUAUUAGUCUAUUAAAUUUAUAAAAAGUACCUGGUUUAAUUAGGAUGCUAGGUUUUAUUGCAAAUUAUCAUUUACGUCUGUUAUUUUAAAUAACUGUAUGACACUUAUUUUGUUAAAUAAAUUUAAG